CGCGUUUUGCCAUUUUAGCUCGGGAGGCGGAACGGAAGGUUGUGCUUUUGCGUUGUUGUGCGUCCCUUGCUGUGCUGAAGUUUGUACUCGUCCCCAGUAGUGCGCAAACAUGGUGCAGGGAUGUGGGAUGUCGUGUGUCAAAAACCUGCUAUUCAUAUUUAAUUUCUUUUUUGCGAUAUCUGGUAUCGUAAUAAUAGUCUGUGGUGGCUACAGCUUGCACCUUUUCAAGAAAACAGGACCAGUCAUUGGUGAAGACUAUGUCUCUGCACCUAUCAUCCUGAUAGUUGUCGGCUCCAUAGUCUUCCUUGUCGCAUUCUUAGGAUGCUGUGGUGCCAUGCAGGAGAGCUACUGCAUGCUCAUGUUGUUUUCAGUAUUUUUGUUCCUGAUCCUGGUGGCUGAAAUAGCAGCUGGUGCACUGGGCUUUGUGUACAAGGACAAGGUUGAACACAUUGCCCGGGAGAGGUUCGACCAAACCUUGCAAGACUAUGACAGAGAAGGUGAAGGUAGGCUGAAGCCGAUUCGGGAAGCUUGGGAUUUCAUCCAGCAUGAGCUGAAGUGCUGUGGUGUGAAUGGGCCCAAUGACUGGUCCAGAACUAAAACUCAUUCACCACCGGGCAGCUGUUGUACUGAUGGUGAAGACUGCACCAAACAAAAGACCUAUUACGAAAAGGGCUGCUAUGACAAAGUGAAGGAGGACCUCUCGCAGUAUGCAGUUUAUGUUGGAGUUGCAGGAAUUGGUAUUGGUUUGAUUGAGAUUAUUGGAAUUAUCUUUGCGUGCUGCCUUGCUAACCAAGUGAAGUAAUGGUGGACAUCGUGCAAAGUAUAUUUUGGCUGUUGGUCUGCUCAUUCAAUUCAUGGCAGCUGCUAUAAGUCACACCCUGUGUGUUGUGGCCUUGAUCCCAUACCAGACAAGUUCAUGCGCUAUUUUUGGCAGGAAAACCUUCUGUCCCUUUGUCAACCAAAGCUCAUCCCUACCUUGUAUACCAUGUCGUUGUGCCUUAAUAUUGUUGAACAAGAAAUGUUUUUAAUGUUGCUAAGCUUCGACCCUCACAGUUGCGCCUCUUCUGGUGAGUCAUCUUGGGAAGGGACAUGUGCGCACAAUAAGAUCAACCCUGUUUUCAUUGCAUUUGCACAAGCUGGGACAAACAGCCAAGUCUCAUGUUACAGUGUACCUCAAGAGUUGUGUCGUCUGUAAAUAGCUGUCAUGUGUUUCUGAUUAUUAUGGUGGGUAACUAUAUAUAUAUUUCAAUACUGGCUGCUGCAACUAUUUUCAGGCAGCAAUAAGAGCAUUCUCCAAAGGGCUAUUUUUUUAAAAUCAAUAUGGAAGCCUUUGUGGGCUUAUAUUUUGGCAGAUUUAUCACUUCCUUAGCUUGUUAAUUUACACAAGUUAUCUUGUUUAGAGCAAGUGCUACAGUAUUUACAAACGCAUGUUCACUGUAAUUGAAUAAAGUUAAUCUGUGCUUGUGGAGUGAAA